AAGUAAAAAACAGAAAUGUUUUCGUAAAUAACGAGAAUGGACGUCGAUUAUUUACAAAAAUGCUAUUGCUUAUAGGAAUAUUAUGUUUAUUUAUUGUAUCAGGUUUUUCAAUAACAGAAUAGUGUUAUUAAAUCAAUAUGAAAGUUGUGGAAGGCAAAAUUGUUGUGCUCGGGUCACAAGGCGUGGGCAAGACGAGCAUGGUGGUGCGAUACAUCGGCAAGAUGUUCUCCAAGCACAUCUCGCCCACCAUCGGUGCCUCCUUCUUCACCUGCAACAUCAACCUCGACGACAGCAGGAUCAAGUUGCAGGUGUGGGACACGGCGGGGCAGGAGCGGUUCCGGUCGAUGGCGCCGCUGUACUACCGCAACGCGAACGCCGCGCUCCUGGUCUUCGACAUCACCAGCGCGCCCAGCUUCAAAGCUAUUGACGCCUGGGUUAAGGAGCUGCAGAGCAACGUGUCUGAGCCGCUGGUGGUGGCGCUGGUGGGCAACAAGAGCGACCUGGAGCACGCGCGCGCCGUCAGCCGCGCCGACGCCCAGCGCCUCGCCGCAGAAAUCGGCGCCGCCUACACGGAGACCUCCGCGCUGCACGAUCAGGGCAUCGAGCACGUGUUCGUGAACACGGCGCGCGAGCUGCUGGAGCUGUCGCGGACGGACACCGUGGCCUCGCUGCGCGCCUACCACUCGCCGGACGGGGAGAGGAUACCUGUUGGUAUGCCGACGGAGGAGACACCGACGCACACGGGCAAGGUGGAGCUGCCGGUGUGGGGGGACACCAUCGCGCACGGUGAGCUGCAGAAGCAGUGCUGCUGACCCCCGCCCGCCGUGAGGGACGUGACCCUGGGGGACAGGUGACUCUGGGGGAUAGGUGACCCUUGGAGGCAGGUGAUCCUCUGAUCCUCUUACUGGAGGGAAGCACGUUAUGCUCUGGUCCUCCUAUUAGAGGCAAGGUGACUUCUUCAUCCUCCUAUUAGGGGGCAGGUGACGCCCUGAUGUUUUAAAGUAGUUUCGUUUUCCUAUUAUACAUAUAAUGUGGUUCGGUGGUGGGCAAACCAACCGCUCCACACUGACUGUGAACAAUGUUAUGAUCACCGACAGCAGCUAUCCCCAACCCACGGCCCGCGGGGACUUUAUCUGUGGCCCGCGUGAUGUUAGACCAUUUUGAAAUUCACGCCCACCGGCAAAAAUAUGUAAUGCUGUCGUAAAAGUUUUUUAAGUCGUUGAUUUUAAAGAACGUUAUUUUUAACCCUAAAAUUUCUUUUUGCGGCCCGCGAUACCAAGACCAACACAUGUUUGUGGCCCGUAUGAAAAGAGGUUGGAGAACACUGA